AGGGGAGGGGAGGUUAGGAGGAGGAGGCGCGGCGCGGCCCUGGCGGCUGGCGGCGGGCGGACGGGCGGGCCCGCCUCAUGCUCCUUGUGUUGGUACCGAGCGGAGAAGGAUGCACACGGCACUCGAGUGAGGUACAGCAUUGCCACCAUGAAGGUACAUCUACAUACAAAAUUUUGUUUCAUUUGCUUACUCACUUUUCUCUUUCACCAUUGCAACCAUUGCCAUGAUGACCAUGACCAUGAACGUAAUCAUGAUCACAAGACCAACCAUAUUCCUGAGAAGAACCAUAUACACAAUGACUACCAGAUAUCUCAAGAAUCGUACCUUCAAAAUAAUCCCAGCAAGAGCUCUGUACACAAUGCAGUAAAUAGACAAAUAUAUUACAUUCACAAACUGUUCAGCCGCUAUGGUGAGAAUGGUAAGUUGACUUUUCAUGGUUUUGAGAAACUCUUGUCAAAUUUAGGUCUUGGGGAAGUUAAAGUUGUAGAUCUGGACCAUGAACACGAUGAUCAUGAUCAUGUUUCACAUUUAGAACUUUUAGAGAGACCAGAACAUAAACAUGAGCACUCCCAUUCAGACUUCAAUCACACGGCACAUGAUCAACCAGCCCCGAAGGUGCACGAUAGGCAUUGCAAAAACUCUGACAGUAAGAAUAUACAUUCCACGACACCCUCUUCCAUUACUCACCAUCAACCCCGUCGUCAUCACCACAAUCACCAUCGAAGCACUGGCCAUUCUGGAGGCUCGCAUGAUCAGAAAGAGGGUGAACAGCCCCCUGACCCAUCAGACCCCAACACGCUACAACACCAAGCCACAAAAAAGUUAAAGAAACGCAAAAAACAUAAAGGUAUAACCAAGCAGUCAGAAAUGGCAUUCACUCCAUCUCCUGGUGAAUCCUUGAGUAUAAUGUCCAAGAAUGAAGAUUAUCCCGAUGAACAUUUUCAUGAUCCAGAUGAAGAAAUGACUUCUCAGCACAGAAGAAGAAAAGAUUUGAGUUCGUCAAAAUUGAAUCAUGAAGAUCACCCAGGACCCAAGAUUGUACAUGAUGAGUGCUUGAAUGUCUCACAACUGCUGCUAAGCUAUGGUCUGAGCACAAAUUCUGGGAUUUCUGCGGUCGAGUUUACAUACCUAUGUCCUGCCUUGCUGUACCAAAUAGAUAGCAGAGUUUGCAUCCAUCACCCUGAGGAACUGAAGAUGGAGCCAGUAAAUAACCGAGAUUCUAUUCUUACAGUUUGGAUUUGGGGACUCCUCUCAAUCACCGUUAUAAGCUUGUUGUCAGUGCUGGGUGUCGUCCUUGUACCAAUCAUCAAUCAAGUAUGUUUCAAGUACCUCUUAACAUUCUUGGUGGCUCUGGCAGUGGGGACGCUCAGCGGUGAUGCAUUACUGCAUCUACUGCCUCACGCGCAAGGCGCACAUGAUCAUGGUCAUCAUGAGCACGACCAUGACCAUGAUCAUAAUCAUACUCAUGGAAAUCAUGAACGUUCUGAAGAUCUCCUUACAGUAUAUAACGGAUUGUGGAAAGGACUUACAGCACUUGGUGGUAUCUACCUUCUUUUCAUCAUUGAACAUUGCAUUGGACUCUUCAGAGAUCACAAAGCCAAAAUGGGCAAAAAGAAGUGGCGUAAGGAGAGAGUUCUGAGUGGAGAGGCAGCAGUUGGACGAAAAUUGUCAGACCACAAAUUAAAUCGCAGGUCAGAAAGUGAAUGGCUCGACCUUAAGACCAUGGCAGGAGCAGACCAGCAGGAUAGUUUGUAUGAACAACACGAUGUAACCCAGCUUACUGAUCUGGAUGGCACUCUGGGAUCCCCGUCAAAGGCUACUGUUGACCCUAACUUGAAGUCUGUUUACAUUCACGAUUCUCAAUAUGAGAUUGAUUGUUUGACUCCGAACCAUGAAAGUAAAGCCGUGUCCAAACAGCAUCACUUAAAUUCUGAGCAACAUUCUCAUGGUCACUGCCAUUCUGAUAAAGAGAUGCAAGACGCUGGCAUAUCAAACAUUGCUUGGAUGGUUAUUAUGGGAGAUGGAAUGCAUAACUUCAGUGACGGACUUGCGAUAGGAGCUGCCUUCAGUGCUUCCAACUCAGGAGGACUGAGUACGUCUAUCGCUGUGUUUUGUCAUGAGCUUCCUCACGAGCUAGGUGAUUUUGCUGUUUUGAUUAAUGCGGGGAUGUCUGUGAAACAAGCUAUCGUUUACAACCUCAUGUCAGCUCUGCUUGCCUAUGUUGGUGUAGUGAUAGGUAUAACUGUAGGACAAUAUACUGCGAAUUUAACCCAGUGGAUCUUUGCCAUCACUGCAGGAAUGUUCCUAUAUGUGGCAUUGGUGGAUAUGUUACCAGAAAUGCUACACCGUCCAACGGAUAAUCGUAUCAAGGCUAAGAUUGGACAUUUUGUUCUACAGAAUGCUGGGAUGCUCUGUGGGUUUACCAUCAUGCUUAUAAUUGCUAUAUUUGAGGAUCAAAUUGUAAUCCACUUCUAACAUUUAACAGUUUUGAUGACAAAUGAAGUAUGGUCCUGUUUGGCUUGUAUGUAACAAUUCAGUGGUACAUGUAUUUUUCAGAGCAAAUUGUGAUAUUUGUUAGCACAUUAGAUUACUUUCCACAACAGCUGCUCUUUGUCAGUUGGUUUGAUGCACGGUUACUCCAUGGUUCAGUAUGGAAACGUAAAUAAUUACAUUUUUAAAUAUCUGUGAAGACAAAAUCAAUGCUUGAAUAAGUAUUUAGCACAAUUAGAUCAGGAAAAGUGAUGAAUGUGUAACAGCUGUGUGGAGAACUUACUUUUGCAUGCCUUGUGUUAGGUGUUUGUUUAUGGGUGGCAGUCACCAACUGCAAUGCCAUCUGGAUUCAUGGUGCUGUUUUUAAGACAUCUUAUCUUCAGCGUUGCACACAACACAAUUCAGCUGAUUUCUGAUUUAGGUUUGACAAAUUGUGUAUAUUAUUGCUGAUGGUGUCAAUUGGAUUCACUUUUAACAUUCCUUCCCGAUUGUAAUACCUCAGAACCAUGUUUACUGUCCUAAGUGAUCAUCUAGAUUGCUUGCUGUAUGUGUUAGUUUGGAGUUGAUUUUUGUAUGCCCACAUUAGCCUGUCACUGUGUGACAUUUCCUUUUGUCACUGUGUAAAUCAAUGUAUAAACGAUCAUAUGUGAUCAAGUGCAACUGGCCAAAAUAUGAUAAAUGUAAGUUGUGGAACCCGUGAUUCUUGUGGAUAUUGAUUAUUCAACUUUAAUUCAUUGUUAAAGCCAAAGAUUAUGGAACCUGACCAGUUAAUUUUGAAGUUUAGUGGGGAAAAGUUCAGUGUUAAGGUACCAUAGACUUUGUGUUUGUUACAAGUGAAAUCAAAAAGCAUUUUGAUAAAUCACUAAACAAAAGUUUUGAUGUUCUAAGCCUGUAUUAUACUAAUAUGUAUGAAUGAAACUGGUUACUUUGGUGAAGUUUUACUUAAUAAAUUCCUGACGAUGCAAA